CGGCCGGGCGGGCACUAUGCGCAGACUCGGCCCUUGGCUCAAGAUGGCGGCGGCGGAUAAACAGAAGCACGAGCACGGGCGGGUGAAGAUCGGGCACUACAUCCUGGGCGACACGCUGGGCGUCGGCACCUUCGGCAAAGUCAAAGUUGGCAAACAUGAGUUAACUGGGCAUAAAGUUGCAGUGAAGAUCCUGAAUCGACAGAAGAUUCGCAGCCUUGAUGUUGUAGGAAAAAUCCGCAGGGAAAUUCAAAACCUCAAACUCUUCAGGCAUCCUCAUAUAAUUAAGCUGUACCAGGUCAUCAGUACACCAACUGACAUUUUCAUGGUGAUGGAAUAUGUUUCAGGAGGAGAGCUGUUUGAUUAUAUCUGUAAAAAUGGAAGGCUUGAUGAGAAGGAAAGCAGACGGCUGUUCCAGCAAAUCCUUUCUGGUGUGGAUUACUGUCACAGGCAUAUGGUAGUACACAGAGAUCUGAAGCCUGAAAAUGUGCUGCUUGAUGCACACAUGAAUGCCAAGAUAGCUGACUUUGGUCUGUCAAAUAUGAUGUCAGAUGGAGAAUUUCUAAGAACAAGCUGUGGUUCCCCGAACUAUGCUGCGCCAGAAGUAAUUUCAGGAAGAUUAUAUGCAGGUCCAGAAGUAGAUAUUUGGAGCAGUGGGGUUAUACUCUAUGCUUUGUUGUGUGGAACGCUUCCAUUUGAUGAUGAUCAUGUGCCAACCCUUUUUAAGAAGAUAUGUGAUGGUAUCUUUUAUACUCCUCAGUACCUGAAUCCGUCUGUAAUUAGCCUUUUGAAGCACAUGCUGCAAGUGGAUCCAAUGAAGAGAGCAACAAUCAGAGACAUUAGGGAACAUGAAUGGUUUAAGCAGGAUCUUCCCAAAUACUUGUUUCCUGAAGAUCCAUCAUAUAGCUCUACCAUGAUUGAUGAUGAAGCCUUAAAAGAAGUCUGUGAGAAGUUUGAAUGCACUGAAGAGGAAGUGCUAAGUUGUCUGUACAGCCGAAAUCAUCAGGACCCUUUAGCGGUUGCUUAUCACCUUAUUAUAGAUAACAGAAGAAUAAUGAAUGAGGCCAAAGACUUCUACUUGGCUACAAGCCCACCAGAUUCUUUCCUGGAUGAUCACCACCUGUCUCGGCCUCACCCUGAAAGAGUGCCAUUCUUGGUCGCUGAAGCACCACGUCCUCGUCAUACUCUUGAUGAGCUGAAUCCACAGAAGUCAAAACAUCAGGGUGUAAGAAGAGCUAAGUGGCACUUGGGAAUACGCAGUCAGAGUCGACCAAAUGAUAUAAUGGCUGAAGUCUGUCGAGCAAUUAAACAACUGGAUUAUGAAUGGAAGGUUGUAAAUCCAUACUAUCUACGUGUUCGAAGGAAGAAUCCAGUAACAAGUGCAUAUUCCAAAAUGAGUUUGCAGUUGUAUCAGGUGGACAGCAGGACGUACUUACUGGACUUCCGUAGCAUUGAUGAUGAAAUUACUGAAGCAAAGUCUGGGACUGCAACUCCACAGAGGUCAGGUUCUGUGAGCAACUAUAGAUCCUGUCAAAAAGAUUCGGAUGCUGAUGCGCAAGGGAAAUCUGCAGAUACGUCGCUUACCUCAUCAGUGAGCUCCUCGCUUGACUCCUCUACAGCUGACUUAACUCCAAGACCAGGGAGUCAUACAAUUGAAUUUUUUGAGAUGUGUGCAAAUCUCAUUAAGAUUCUUGCACAAUAAUUCUGAAGAUGGGCUUAUUUCUUUUACAGCAAUAAGCAUGCCUAAAUCAUAGUCAGAUGCUUCCAGUUAUAAUCAAGUUGAAUUAACUAAGGCGCUGUAAAAGCUAGCCACAGAAUGCAAUUUGCACAGGGAUUGAAAUGAUUAUGGGCAGUUAAUGUGUAUUAUUUUGAAGCUGGAGUGAAUUCUGAUUGUCUGCUGUCCAAUAGCGUAAUACAGGUACAGGGGCAAUGUUCAUAACAUUUUACAUUGAGUGCACAUUAGGCUGCAUAUAACAUUUAAGUUAGAUGGACCUUCUUGGUUUCUUCACUGGUAAUACAUAGAUCUAAUGCAGUGUAAGUAAAUGUACACUUCCUAGUUCAGUGACCUAAAUAUGACUUGUUGGUCACAAUCUACAGUUGUGCCUCAGUUGGUCAGAACUGUCAGCAUCUUCUAGCAGUAAUGCGUUAAAACUGCUGUUUCUUCCCUCUUAUUUGACAGGAAAUCUGUUACCAUGCAGUGCUUUUAACAAGUUACACAUUUGAUUAAAAGCAUGCAAAUCCAACCACUUGGAAACGCAUGUAGGUGCUCCAUAACGCACUGAGGGUGAAAUUCUGUGCGCUGUGAGUAGAGCAAUUGAGUCCAUGACAAUGGCAGGAGACUUAAUGCUGAGAAGACUGGGCAUGCUAUGGGCUUCUCUCUGAAGGAGAGCUCCUGAGCUCCUGAGCUGUGCAUAUAUACCUUAGUGUGGUAGCAGCACAGAAGCUCCCCACUGCUACCGUCCUUUUCUUUGACACAUGUAUGUAGUUAAGAGCACAGCCUAAGGGCUUUUGCACGCUAUUCCAGAUUCUAAAAUUGACAGGUUUUUGAAAUAAUGUUAAUAGUUUAUACAGCUGUUUAUCACAUGUUAACUUGGCAUAUGCUAUAUGGAAUUCACUUGCAGUUGGAACUACAUACGUAGCUUAGGUUUUCCCAGGCUACCUUUUUAGCAAACUUUGCUCUUUAAAUUAAUUGUGAAAUUAAAUAGUCUGGCUUCUCAGCUGAGCAUUGAAAACUGAUCAUGAGAAUUUGAGUGCUAUUAUUAAAAAAAUGUUCAACAGUAGAUUGCAAUUACCAGUAAAAAAUCCUUCUGAAUUUAUGUUUUUUGUGAUGUUUCAGGAAGAAAAUUGAAUGUUAUAUCUUGAAAUAACAGCUGGUACUUGCACAAAAAUAUUUAAUCUCUUGUAAAUUGCAUAUAAUUAGCCACAGUUCCAUUUUAUCUAGUACUAGUAGACAUAAACAGUAAACUGUAUGUCAUAAAAUACUUAGUUUUGCAUUCAAGAAUCAAUGUUCUCUUCAAUGUAAUAUUCAUGACGUAAUUGGUUUCAAUGGUUCCUCUCCCAGGGAGAGGCUGGAAAUCAAGGCAUUACUAUGAACAGUGAAACCUGGACUCUAAAAAUGUAUGGGGAUUUUUGCCAGUGACCGAGAUUUCAUCCACAGAAAACUGCUAGCUGCAGAUAAAAGAACUGUUUAAUCGAGGCCAACUGGCUUCAGUCCAGAAUUCAUCUGUUACAAACAUGCACAGAAUCUGAAGAAACAUAAAGCUGCUUUAAGCCCUGGAACUGCUGUAGCUGCGUUCUGAAUUGGGCAAUGGUGUGAUCUGUCUCGUAUGUAGGUACAAGUUACAACUUCAGUUCUUUAUCCUUAAGUGUUACACACGGUCCCUGUAUGGGAGGUUGAUUUCCUUUAUCUCAAAGCGGAAGAUUUUCCAGAGAUAAAGCUUUGGAGUUGAACUCCCAGGAUUGAGAUGUCAACAUGAGGGGCCAGCUGCAUACCAUACUUUUAAGUCCUGUCUUUAGUCUUGUAAAAUUGGUUUGGAUAUACUGAAUAAAUCAGUGUAUUCAUUUUUGCUACCCUUUUAUUUUGAAUCUGUUAAAUAUUGCACUUGGACAAAUAGAGCAAACGCACAGGUUUUUUUAAUUGUAGUAAUUCCUCAUCUAAAAUUGGUUUGGGAUCACUCUUGCAUAUGUUCAACUAAGUAUCUAUAAAUGGUAUCUGCUUCUGGAUUGCGAACUUGUAAUGCUGACCACAAAUGCAAGGUGCCAGGGUGUGAAUAGCUUUUAAUUUUUAUAUACUAUUUUGGCCCUCUUGUGCAUUAAGGCAACCAUGGUUUUUACUUUGUCUUGGUAUCUGGAGGUUAAUGUAAGUUUCUGGCAGAAGUGUACUUUAUGUGUAGUUUUAAAUAAAGUAAUUUUUAUUGGUAUGAUAAAUCAGUUUUGAUGGCCAGAAGUUUUCUGAUUGAACUGAGACUUUUAUAGGGGGUGGGGAAGGGAGAAAAGGGGACUGACAACCUAGUUGAACCCAGAACAGUUGUCUGUUGUGUGACUUUCCUAUGCUUUGUAGAUUUUGCUGUUUAAAUGGCUUUCUUCACUUGUUCCUACUGAUUUUGCAGACCCUUUUUUAGCAUCAUACUAGUAUCUGCCAGUAGGCAAUAAAAAGUUCACUAAGCGAGCUGUCGGGGAUGUAAAGGAGGCAGCUUAUGCAAAUACACAAAUUGGUCAAGUAUGUUACUCUGUAUUCCCAAGCUUGCUCCCGUUGGAGUACAUUAUCUUGCCUUUGUAUUUUUAUUUUUUUCAAAGACAUGGAUGAAUCUGAUGUGUCCAUGUGCAAUAUAUAUACUCACUUGGUAAUGGAUAAAAUUCAUCUUGGUGGUGCAAUAUUAAAAAAAAAAACCAACAACUUUCAUGUUUGUCUUGAUAUGAAUGUUUAAUACAAACUUGGAAAUAAAUUUUAUUUUACCAGUUGAUUAUCAUUGUAAGAUACGAAGUCCUGUUCUUUCACAACUAUGUGCCUACUUCCUAUGUUUAUUUCUUUUGACAAAGCUGAAUGGCAAAAAUGCUUGUUUAUAACCGUGUAACUUUUUGAACUUUCAAAACUUAAAACUAAGUAAACAUGAAAUACUGAUCAAC